AUGAGUGAUAAUGCUCGAUAUAAUUAUGGUGAUCAUAUCAACAUUGGGUUCAGCAAGUUCGAAUUUCUGCAAUCGAAACAACGCGAGAUAAAACUUGAACAAAAGUAUAAUCUAACUGCCAUAUUACUUCAUUGGAAACGAUCAGCAAGUGUUGCGAGAGCCGUAAAUUAUUUACUUGAUUCAAAUCUUUUCAAAGAAAUUAUCAUUUGGAAUAAUAAUCCAGACAUAAACCUUCAUAAAACUAUAUUUGAAAAAAAUAACCAUUCAUUAGAUUCUAUUCGUAUAAUCAAUUCAAAAGAGAAUCUUAAAGAUGAAGCCAAAUAUCAUGCAUGUGCUGAAGCAAACACUAUGGGUUGCUUCUAUGCCGAUGAUGAUUGGGAUACAUCAUUCUAUCUGAAAAGCCUCAUAGCUGAUUUUCGAAACGAUCCAUAUAUCUUGCAUUCUGUUACUGAUCCGUACACAUUCUAUGCAAAUUUGGUAUGGACCUAUUUCGAUAGCACCAUCAAUUUACAUGCUGGUUUUUCAUGGAUUGGUUGUGGAAGUAUUUUCUUACGUGAAUAUGCUCAACGACAUAUUCAUUACUUACAAUUUUAUUUGAAAAAUAAUCGUCAUUUGAUUUACUUUAGUGAUGUAUUUUUUUCUAUUUGGCUCAAUGAUAUUCCAUCACAAUUCAAUAUGAAUAUUCGUAAUCUACCUGCCAAUAAUGGCUAUGUGACACAAUGGGCCGAAGAUAUGCAAUACGUUGGUACAUUCCAAUAUCGUCUGAAAGGCUUUCGUGAUCCACCGGUUGAUUAUUACGGUCGCCCGUUCUACCUCUUUGCCGAAUCACGGAAAUCGUCGAAACCUCUCUGCUUUGGUUCGAUUACUCGUCUUCAGGCAAUGUUCAACUGGAUUCGCGAUUUCUUCGACAUGUAUCCUCAUCAGCCAAAAUUUUCGUAUCUUUUCCAUUCUGAUUAUUCGCAUAAUUCAAACAAUCGUAUACCGUAUGCCGACAAUGAACUAUUAGCUUUUCUUCAAAUGAUGCAAACACAUAAUUAUCUCGAUCGCACAAUUCUCAUUAUCAUGACUGAUCAUGGUGCUCGAUAUGCAUCAUUGCGAAAUACCUAUCAGGGUAGAUUGGAAGAACGUUUACCUUUCAUGUCCAUUCGAAUGCCGCCCGAAUUUCAAGCUCAAUAUCCGACGAUCAUGAGAAACCUACGUUUGAACUCACGUCGUUUGACGACACCAUUCGAUCUUCACGAAACAUUCGAACAUCUUUUUAUGUUUCAUUCGCUCGUUCCUUAUCAAUCGUGA